AUGGAGAAAAAUAACCCGAAGGGCAGUAUUCCUGCCAUUACAGGAGACAUUGACCACUCGAAGGCGAUACGGGUGUUUCCUGAACUGCUUCUGCCGUACAAAUCAACCAUAUUGGCAUAUACCACUUCGUUCGUUUCCACUACCAUAGGGUUCCCUUUUGAUACGGUGAAGACCCGGAUGCAAACGUAUAAACAGUUUGCUUCGUAUUCGGAUUGUGUGCUUUCGACGCUAAGAAACGAAGGAGUCAGGGGGUUCUAUAGGGGCAUCACUGCUCCGUUGAUAUCGACCUCGUUCGUUAGGUCUCUCAGUGUGACCAUCUUCACUAAUACUAAACCGUACUGUUAUGAGGCGUUGUAUGGCUGGCGAGACGAGAAGAACGUGGGCCACCCUUUUGUGCGUAAUUUCCCUGUUUGCUUUGCUGCUGGUGCUGCUGCUGGAUGUGGUGUAUCGAUAUUCGCUUGUCCUUUUGAAUUCACCAAGGUAUACUCUCAGAUCGCUACUCUAGCACUGAAACUGGCCACAGAUAGUGCCAUUGCCAAAGCUGCUUCGCCUCAUGUGGGCACAGUUGAGACGUUCAAGACAAUCCUCAGGUACGAGGGUUUUGGUGGGCUAUAUUCGGGCUACAGGUACCAUCUUGCGAGAGAUGCUAUGGGGUCUGGUGUUUAUUUUGCUGUUUACGAAGCGAUCAAGUGGGCUACCAACACUCUCAUUAAUUCCAGUCCGUCGCAGUCUUCCCCCAUUUCAAUCAUGAUCGCUGGAGGAAUGUCAGGAGUCUUGUGUUGGAUAGCAGUGUUCCCCUUUGACACCACCAAGUCGUUAAUCCAAAAGGACAUUGUCACAAACAUUUUACGGAAACAAGGAGGCGCUCAGCCGUUGCCACAAAAGACAAGAAAGAUCGUUUUUGGCACUCGUGUUUAUAGAGGCUUGAGCAUCUCCAUGCUCCGUUCAUUCCUUGUAAAUAUGGUGUUCUUCACCACUUACGAGUUUGGCAUGAAACAUUUAGCAUAG